AGGAGCGAUAUGAGGACGGGAACUGAGAACGGGAUAUGAGGACGAGCGUUAUUGUUGCUUUUCCUCUUCCAAAACGUUUAGGGAUGAAGAAGAUGCUACUCAGCAUAGUUCUAUUGGUGACUCUUUCCUGUUGCUCAGGACUUCCAACGUAUAAUCCCAGACCCAGGCAAGAAACUAUCACCAGUGCAUUAGAUGCUUCCAUUGAGGAGCUGAACAGUCAGUCUUGGGGAAAAAACCUACUAAGAUUGUCAAGGACUGGAGAAAUAAAGGUGAAACCAUUGCUUCAGGUGAGAGACAGAAAAGAAGAUGGAGAUGUAUUUGAAGUAUUAUUGCAGUUCACAGUAAGAGAAACAACAUGCAACAAGAAUACAGCCAUCGAUCCCUCAGAAUGUGAGUUUAAAGCAGGAUUACACAUGGAAACACCAUGUGAAAGCCGAGUAUUUAUGUCACAAGGAAAAGCUAUAGUCUUAAAAGCCCACUGCAACCUACGUAUGUCCAGCUCAUCUGAAUCUCAUAGCAGUGAAGAGAUGUUCCUGAGGACUAUCAACUCUGCUCGAGGAAAUGUAAGGGCCAAAUCAGAAAGGUUCCCGUCUCAGUGGGAUCCGUAUGGAAUGAGAAAUCAAAAUGUGAACCCUCGCUGGGAAGAGGAAGAUGAAAGGAUCCAAGAUUAUUCAUUAAUGGAAUAGAUGCAUCCAGUAUAUAUUCAAAUGCUGUCAGAUCAUAAGUGAGGUUUGUUCAUAAAUGGAUAAUAAAGCACAGAUA